AUGAGAAAUACGUACUCUUUACAGUUUAACGAGUACGGCGAUGUUUGGCGCCAGAACCCGACCGCCGUGAGCGAGCUUUUUGCAUUCGGCACGGUGAGCGACUACAUGAACAACAAGGCGCUUCUCGGGGAGCUCACUGACCACCAAUUGCUCAAAUUGCGACAGUUGACGUUGAUGUCAUUGGCACGUCAAAAGACGCUGAGUUUUGAUACUGUUGCGGAGCAGCUGGCGUGUUCCGACGUGGUGCGCACGCUGGCACUGCUCGCACGAACACCGUUGCUGGAGCUGGAGAUUGACGAGCUCGCGGGACAGGUCACCGUGAAAAAGGCAAGUCCCAGAGACAUCUGGGUGCACGGAGACCCAAAGACAACGUUCACCAAGCCUCUUAAAAUCAACGAUCUACUCAAGGAACUCAACUACGACACAGAAACAGCCACGUCGACGCUCAAACGCCGUCUCGAAAGCUGA